AUGAACAGACUGCAGCGGAAGCACUUCACGAGGCACGGGAUGCAUCUUCACACUAGAGGGAAGUGGCAGCUGGCCAGACUCGUCGUGGAGGCUCUUGGCGGGUUGAGCGUCUCGCCUGCUGCGGCCAGGAAGGCUGAGGUUGUUCCUGACACCCUCAUUGCUGUCCCACCAAUGCUGCCGCCGCCGCCGCCACCAUCGUCACUGCCGCCGUCACUGCCACCCCCGCCGCCGCCACCACCGUCGCUGUCGCCGUCACUGCCACCGCCGCCGCCACCGCCACCGUCACCGCCACCGUCAGACUCUAUACAGUUGACUCCAGGGCCCCCGAUGCCGACUAUAUCUUGUGACGACGCCGUGAAGGAAGAUGAAAGAAACGGGCCCUGUUGUCCAUUCUGCAGCUUCAAAUUUACAAGAGCAAAGAAUUGA